AUGAAUUCGUUGCAAUUGCGGAGUAAUGCCGAUCGCUUUUCAAUGAAAGUUCGUAGGCUAUCUCCUGAGGAUAUGGAACGUUAUCGUGAGAAGAUUGUGAAAGUUGGGGGCGUAGAUCCAUACACCAUGGAUUUUCAAGAAGAUGUUCUACCGCUAACAGUUGAUUAUGAUCGAAUUUUCUGUUAUUUGAUAACAAAUUUAUCAUUCAGAAGCGGAUUGCCAAAUCGCAAUAACAAAUCCUUGGAAGCUUUCAAAGCCUUUCAGUCGGGAUUCGUUAAGGCCGUAAAUGGUUGUCAAUAUGAGGAUGUCUACGUUGUACAAGGCAAGGUGUUGCAUAGUAUGAACCUUAGCGAUCCACCAGCAGAGUGCUGGGUCAUCAUAAACAAUUCUUGCGAUGUAGAUGACGUUGAAGAUGUAGGAUCCAUCGAAUCUGCCCACUGUGAUUGUACUGCUGGUGCAGGGGAAACGUGUUCUCAUGUCGCGGCAACUUUAUAUGCAUUAUCGUAUGCUAGAGAGAUUUGCCUUGGAAGACGGUUAUCUGUAACUGAGCUACCUGCUUAUUGGAUGCAGCCUGGAGGCAGUGGUGCUGAUGAAAAUCUGUAUGCUACGGUUGAUUCGAUUUGUUUUGGACGCAAGCGUGAAACUGAAUGUGCGUUGCGUGACGUUAACUUGGAUAAAACAGAUAAAGAUUACCAGGAGUUGAUUCAAUCAAUCAUCAGCUCAGGUCAUACAGUUGCUGCCAGCAGAGCAUUCUUUCGAGAAUUAAAUGAUGACGAAGACACUGAGCUCAUCCUAAGAAGAUCACAACUCGAGAAACUCUCAUUCAAGCACUUUUUUGAUGAACAAAACACAACUAAAACGUUAAACGAAUUGAUCGGUAUGGUAGAUCAAGUCAAUUGGCAGAUUUCAGAAGAUGAUCAAAACCUAAUUGAGCAGCACACACGUGAUCAAGCAGCUAAUAUUUUGUGGUUUCAAUUAAGAUAUGGCAGAAUAACCGCAUCUAUUUUGUUAAGACAAGAAAGCAAACUCCAUCAAAAUCUCUGUUUUCUGCUAUUUUUGGAGAAAAUGUCUUUCAAAAUAUCCCAGCUACUAUACAUGGCAAACGGUGUGAGCAUAAAGGCGUGGCCGAAGCUGUUAAAUAUUUUCGAUCUCAAAACCAUCGUAACGUAA